AUGUCAACUGGCAUCCCCACCUUUCCCGAUGCCCAGCAGGCCCAAAUCAUUCGUGCGCACCAGCGAGAUCUCUACCAUGUCUCGUCACUAAGGGAGCAAACCGACACCUGUUCUACGGUCAUGGCUUGGCAUGUCCCAUUUUUUACCGACAGGAAACCUCAAUCUCACGUUGGAUUAGGGACACGAUGGUUGGCAAGGCGAGACAGAGAAGUAGACCUCUUUGUGAAGUUUGUGUAUUACGGAAUGACUGUGGGUCGUGGGAUUCAGACAUUAGGGGAGGAGUAUACCAAUAUAUGGCAGUACUCUGCUUUCACUGGACAUUCUCCGCCAUCUCAAUGGUUGCGUUUAGCUUUGAUACUCAUACCGACGAUUCCUCCGUACAUUCUCUCCCGAGCCACAGAAAUUGUGUCAAUGUCAAACCAUCCCACAUUGACUUCCAUACUUAAGAGUCUCCCUUCGAUGCUGGGGGUGCUAACCGAAGUCAAUCUGGCCAUAUUCUACGUUUCUGCGACAUACUACAGUCUUGUGAAACGAAUUCUGCGUGUCAAACAUCUAUCAUCCAUACCUGACAAUCCUGAUAUUCAACCGCCGUCAUACUCUCUUCUGGGUAUAUUGCUAGGAAUCAGACUUCUUCACCGUUUGGCGACGUCUCUGAAGCAGCGAUAUGCAUCAGAAGAGCCAUCUGCGCAGAAGGAAAAGGAACCAGCGGGUGCGGGUACUUCAAGUUCACGGGAAAGUUUCCUGGAUGACCGUGCUGUAUCGACUCUUAUUGGGCCCGCUGAUCCUGAAGCAGACGUCUCAAAGCCGGCUGAAGAUGACGGAGGGACAGCUUUAGACAUAUCGUCAAUACCCGAUACGUUGAGGGUUGGGAGAAAUUGUACACUCUGUCUCGAAGAGAGAACCGAUAGCUGCGCUACAGAAUGCGGGCAUUUGUUUUGUUGGACUUGCAUUGUUGGCUGGGGGAGAGAAAAGGCUGAAUGUCCUCUCUGUCGUCAAUCUCUGAAUUUGUCGCACCUGCUUCCCAUCUACAACUUGUAA